AUGUCAGGGAAGGUGUGCAGCAGUAACAGUGUGGUGCAGGCACGGCGGACUGUGGAACAACUACGAGUGGAGGCAAGCAUGGAGAGGAUCAAGGUGAGAGUACACUACAGUAGCCUGUGUGUGUAAUUAAUUUGGAGAAUGACAAUUUGGUUGAUCUAUAUUUCUUUCAUUUGAUGAAUCAAAAAUAAGAAAUUGUGGGCGCAAUGCAUAGCAGUCUGAUACAGAAUGGAUAAAGGGAAAUCUUGUCUUAGGACACAUCAGUAACUAGUGUAUAUUGGGCAUCACCUUUCUUCUGAAUAUACAAUAACCUCAGCUUUAAGUCAUGGCUGUUCCUUACUUCUUCCUCCCAGAUCUCCACAGCAGCUGCCCAGCUGGUGCAGUACUGUCAGGAGCACAGUCGCAGUGACCCCCUCCUCACCGGCAUCUCUGCCUCCUCCAACCCCUUCAAAGACAAGAAGACCUGUGUCCUGCUGUAG